AUGACUCAUUCAGGGAACUCAUCAUAUUUAUGCUCAUCCAGUGAUCAAACACUGGAGAAUAGAACCUUUUCGCCAGAACCUCCAGCGCCCAAUUCAGACGACAUCGAUGAUGCGCUCGAGAAUCUCUCAUUGCUCCAAGAGCAAGCAGACCCGGUCCAAGGCCUCGUCAUCCAGCAGCAGCUUGCUCCAUCAAGCUUCCCAAAAUUCAGCCUCUUACCAGCAGAACUUCGUCUCCAAACAUGGAGGGGAAGCUUCCCUGCUCCACGCUCUCUCGAUAUUAGCCAAGCUUUCAUCCGAAUGCGAGAAAGGCCACUCAAAAUAGAUACAUCGACUCUUACAACGUUACAUGUUAAUCAAGAGAGUCGGGGUGAGACGCUAAGGUAUUACCGGGUUGCUCUGAUUCCUCAGCCCUACAGACGGGUGGUGUGGAAGGUGCGGAGGUGGGGCGGCCACUACCAAUGGCAGGAGCCAAAGCAAACAGCCCAGCCGCGAGUCUGCUUCAGUCCAACGAGGGACUUCUUCUACAUGGAGGACCCACAUUGUCUCCCUCGGCUGCGCAACUUGACUUGCAUAGACGGACUCUCCAUUUUCCACAACAUCACGGAACUGGUAUUGUCCAAUGUGUGUUGGAUCAAUUGUGAGAGGUGCUUGGAGCCUAUCCAGCGUUUUGAUAGCCUGGAAAAAUUGACGCUAGCUAUCUCAAUAUCGCGUUGGGAAACCGAUGGCCUGUGGUGGAACCCCGAUAAUUUGGAAUGGAUGAGUAGAGCGGAAUUUUUUCGACGCUUGAAUGAAUAUGCGGCAGAGCUUAGGGGGAAGGAUCCUUCUCGCCCAAAGUUGGAGAUUUCAGUGUGGCCAAAUAGCGGUGUGCAUCCAUCUAUGUGGAUUAAAGGAAGAGAACACUCAGGGUAGGAGAGAGGUGGAUUGGCUUGAAG